AUGCCAUACGUUCAAGCCACCUUGAAGUUGAACGUUACAGCAACUCACCUGCGGACGGACUCUGUUGUGACACUCACGUGGAUCAAAUCUCAUGCAUCGCGCUGGAAGGAUUUCGUGAGAAAUCGAGUUUUUCAACUUCAAGAGCUCACUGCGAACGCACAUUGGAAAUACGUACCAGGUACGUCCAACCCAGCCGACUGCUCAUCACGAGGAUUAACUACUGCUCAACUUCAAAGCCACUCAUUAUGGUGGACGGGACCACCGUGGAUUCUCACACCUGAAGCAUGGCCAUCUCAACCCGCGCUUCCUGACGAAUUAAACGGUCAUGAGGCUCGUCCUGGCAUUGCUCUAUAUGCAGCUGCAUCUCAGCCGAACUAUCAUUGGGAUCUCAUACUCAAGUUUAUCGCUCUCUUGAGAGGGUCCUGGGACGGGUCGUUGGAUUCGCACUCUGCUUUGGAGAAGGCCAGAUUCUUCUGGAUUAAGGCUACUCAAGCGGCAUACUUCACGUACGAGAUCAAGAUGCUCACGGCCAACUCGAGACUACCAACUGCUCACGCAUCCAGUCGAUUGACUGCGUACAUAGACGCUCAAGGACUCAUCCGAGUUGGCGGCCGUCUCAAUCAACCAGCACUAGAUCAAGACAACAAACAUCAGGCGAUGUUACCUCGCCACUUCUCAACCUUAAUCAUCGCUCACGCCCAUUUGCGCACCCGGACUGGAGGAACUCAGCUGACAUUGGCUCAUGUCAGGCACAAUUACUGGAUCAUCGGCGGACGGGCUCCGGCACAAUGGUCGGCUCAUUAUCUGCAACGCCAGCAGGCGAUAUCCAAGUGGCAUCAUCCUAACAACAACAUCAAGAUGGGUUCCAUCGUGCUGCUCACCGACGAACGCUCUCCACCGUGCAAAUGGCCACUCACCAAAGAAACAGCUUUGCACCCCAGCAAGGGUGGACUCACCAGGGUGGUUACCCUCAAGACGGCCACCACGACACUCACUCGGCCAAGUGCCAAGCUUGCCAUAUUACCCAUUUCAACCGGAAGAAGGAUCAAGA